UCUCUGCUCUCUGUUAAAAGUCAUCCGCACUACCGCGGGGUGCGGAGGCGGAUAACGAGUGCAAGGGCAGCCCAAGAGCUCACCGUAGCAACCUCGAGGCGCAUAAACCGCGAGGCCGCUCCUCCUGUACAGACCCAGACCCAGGCGGGUCAGUGCCGCGCGCGCUAGCUGCCCUCUCCCGUGCGACACCAGGUAGACCUAGACCCAACAAGCAGUGCGGUAGAACCAUGUUCGACGACGUCAAGGAGGUCGACGACGGCUGCGGCAACUUUUAUUAUGUCAACACGGCGACGGGCGCGUCAGGAUGGACGAAGGAGGAGGCCGCGGACGUGCCGCUCCCCUCUGGCGUCGUCGCGGGCUUCGACGAGGCGUCCGGUUAUGCCUACUACUGCCACGAGGCGUCCGGUGCCACGGGCUGGUCCGUCGAUGAAGUGUUGGAGGCGGCGAAACAAUUAAGUCCGUCAAAAAAAGAGCCGGCGCCAUUACCGUGGGAGGUGCCUGUAAGCCCACAGCCGCCGACGCCGGCGAAGGGGCCUCCUGUUGUGAAGGAUGCUCCUCAAUUAUCGUCCUACGGCCACUACGAUGGCAGGGGCGGCUUCGAGACGCACUCGCGGGAGCAGUCUUGGUUGCUCGAGGACGCCUUCGCGCGAGGCGUCAAUAGUGUGAGACUGGCGUGCCCGUCGAACCCGAUCGGGUUCCGGGAGUUCGAGGUGCGGUUCGGGGAUAACGCUGUCAGUGAGCGGGUCCCUACUCCACCCUCGACGCGGAUGAUCCAGGUCAAUCUCGAUUCGGGUGCUACGCGAGUCGUGCGUCGAAUAGCGCCCUGCGACGAUGUGAUUGACGACGCCAAGACGCACUCCGGCGAGAUUCUGCGGUGUCGCGGGCUGUUGCUGAAGAAGGGCGGAGGGACCUCACUGUUUGGCCGGCGCAAGUGGCAGGACCGCUUCGUGGACCUAGAUCCGGUCAUGGGCACGAUCACGUACUACUCUGAUAGAGAAAGGCGUCAUAAGAAGGGGUCGCUCAAAGUAGGAGCUGCUACAAGGGUCUCGGACGACGCGAGUGGAAAGCACUUCAAGGGCCGCGCGAAAGACAUAGAGGACCCCUGCUACUUCGUGAUAUCUUUACUGGUUGAUGCGGAGACGGGCAAACCUAGAGAAGGCGCGUUAGAACUAAGAGCGCCGAACCGCGACGAGCUCGACAGGUGGAAGGCGACGAUCGAGUGGGCCGUGGCGACGGCGGCGGCGCGGGCGCAGCAUCGCCUGUCGACGGUCGACCGCAAGGACGCGCCGCCAUUGCCAAAAAGGGUCUCGAAGCGCGUGUCAUCUGACUCAGCGCCUCCGCCGCUGCCCCCGAGGACGCCGGUUCAUACGCCGCCCGGGCCCCUCACGGCCCAGAAACCUAAACAGGAAGACGAGGAGGUUUUCUAUGAUGCGGUGCAGUCGCCGGCGCGGAAGCUGUUCCCCCAGGCGUCUCCUUCCACUCCGUCGCCGACGAAGGAGCCCAAGAUGCGGGGCAAGACGUGGGGCGACCGGCUCAACGCCGCGUCGGCCGCACCGGCGCCUGAACCCGCACCAGCGCCCGCGCCGCCGCCCGCGCGGCCCAAGCCGCCGCCUCCACCACCAAAACCGGCGGCGGCGGCGUCCGGUGACCCAGCCCUCGCGAAGUACGAGAAAAUGAUCGCGAUGAAAUUACCUCAAGGUGCGGUCGAGCAGAAGAUGCGCGCGGAUGGUGUCGAUCCUUCGUUAUUGUUCCCGGAUGCCGCGCCUGCCCCCGCAAAGCUCGUGCUGCCCAAGCCGCGCAAGAAGACCGUGCACCUCAAAUUACACGCGGGCGGCGAUUUGAUGGCCCAGUUGAAGGCCGGGACCAAGCUCAAGAAGGUCGAGGUCUCCGCACCGUUGGGGCCGCCGCCCCCGAAGGCGAUGAGCUCCGGCGACGGAGGGAUAGGGGGAUUGGCGGAGGCCAUCGCCGCCUCGCAAAAACGGCGGGCGAAGGCCUUGGCGAAUCUUCCGUGA